CGAAAAAUAUUUCAAUCAAUUGUAUUGUGCCGAAAGUUUUAUAUAAAACGAGUUCAAAGUUGUUUCCAAUAUUUGGUUAUGAUUGUUGCGUAUAAUUCAUUAUUUUCUAUAUAUAUAUAGUAUAUAUAUAGAUAAAUAAAAAAUAUAUUGACAAUAUUAGUUAUAAUAUAUAGUUAAAUUAUAGUUAUUAUUCCAUAAAGUAUAAAUUGUUUUUGUUAAAAAGAUACGCAAACACUCUUCUGAAGUGGACUAGACUAAAUAUGAAUAUAGUUACUACUUAAAAAAAAAAUUCUCGUUAAAUCAGAGAAAAUAAAAGCCUCUUGGAUGUAAUCAAUAGUUUUGUUGUGCAAAAAAUUUUAUAAAAAGUAAAAUAUAAAGAUUUGUCUGUUCAUGGAUAUAAGAUUUGAGGUGCUGACAUAUAAAACUCCUUACAGUGAUCAAAUUUUGUUUUAACAAGAAAGAGUUUAUUCAAAUGAUGCGGAAGGAUAACGCUGAUUCUGUUAAUCCAGAUAAAUUUGAAUAUGGAACUGCUAUAUACUUUUAUGAUGCAAAGGAGGAAGAUGAGCUUACAUUGAGAGUUGGAGAUGUUAUUGAAGUACUUUCUAAAGAUAAAGAAAUUAGUGGCGAUGAUGGAUGGUGGGUUGGUCGAAGACAUGGACAAAAUCUAGUGGGAGUCUUUCCAGCAAAUUAUGUUAUUUUAGAAGAACAAAAUAAAAAUAUUAUUCAAAAACACAGUUCUUUUAGAACACCUAUAGACAAUCGUAGAAUUCCUGAAAUAGAUUUUGAAGAGCUGGAUUUGAAACAGCUAAUUGGAGUAGGGGGUUUUGGAAGAGUUUACAGAGCCUUUUGGGAAAAGAAAGAAUGUGCUGUAAAAGUAGCUCGGAUAGAUGCUGGAGAUGAUCCUGAUGUAGCUGUUGCAAAUGUAGAAAAAGAAGCUAGAAUGUUUACUAUGUUAUCUCAUCCCAAUAUUGUUGCCUUACUAGCUGUUUGUCGUAAACCUCCUAACCUAUGUUUAGUUAUGGAAUUUGCUAGAGGAGGUGCUUUAAAUAGAAUUUUACAAUCCAAAAAAUUACCACCUGAAGUUUUAUUAGAUUGGGCAUUGCAAAUAGCUCAAGGAAUGCAAUACUUACACAAUGAAGCUUUUUUGCAAGUGAUUCACAGAGAUUUAAAAUCAAGCAAUAUCUUGAUCAACCAGAUUGAAGAUUCUCUUUCUAAAAGUAUACUAAAAAUUACAGACUUUGGUCUAGCAAGGGAAAUGAAUCAUACAACAAAGAUGAGUACAGCUGGAACAUAUCCUUGGAUGGCCCCGGAAGUUAUAAGAAGCUCAAUGUUUUCAAAAGCAAGUGAUGUAUGGAGUUAUGGAGUCGUACUUUGGGAGUUACUUACUGGUCAGAUUCCAUAUCAUGGCAUUGAAAACUUAGCAGUGGCAUAUGGAGUUGCCAUGAAUAAGUUAACCUUACCGAUUCCAGCAACAUGUCCUCAUGGCUUUGCUCUUCUUAUGGAAGGUUGUUGGAAACCUGAUCCACAUGAUCGACCUAGAUUUCCGGAUAUUCUUAGUUCUUUAGAAAAAAUUGCACGCUCAGAUUUUCCCCAUACUGCUAUUGAUUCAUUUCGGACACUCCAAGACAAAUGGAAAGGUGAGAUAGAGCUUAUAUUUGAGGAAUUGAAAGAGCGAGAAAAAGAAAUAUCAAGUCGUGAGGAGGAGCUUAUAAAAAUUGAAAUUGAUCAAAGACGUUUAGAAGAACAUCUAAAAUCAAAAGAACAAGAGUUGCAGGAAAGAGAAAGAAUGUUGCUUGAGCGUGAAAUUGUCAUUGCUGUUCAGACACAAAACAAUAUCAUGCCAGUUCCAACAAAGCGCGUGAAAAAAAAGAUAAAACUUCGAAAUAUUUUUUUAACAUCUGGUAAAACUAGCAUUAGUGCUCCUUCAGGAUUUAAACAUCGCUAUACUGUAACAACAACUCCAACUGACGGUGAUGGUCCAAAUGAAUCUCUAAAUCCUCCAAGAUCUCCAGGUCCUCAGCGACUCAGGCUUCUUUCUCUUGAAAAAGAUUUGAAGCAAAAAGAAAACACAAAAAAGGGUCGCACAUGGGGACCAAGUUCUAUUUAUCAAAAAGAAAAAGAGAAACGAAGAAAAGAGAAAGCUCGAUUAAGAAUGUAUUCUGAGGAUCACACAGUUCAAACUCACGGUAGAUCUUCUUCCUUUCCUAAUCUUGGAAUCGCACUGGUUAAAAAUGAUCCAUCUGAUACCCCUCGUGAACUUUGUGACAGCUUGCCAUCUGAUCGUUUCCUUUCAGAAAUUAGUCCUCAUUCUCCUGAUCGCUCUCCAACAGUUAGAUACCUUGCGAUAUGUCAGGCUGGUAUUUUAGCAGCUGCUCUUUGCGGCAUUGACCUUCAACAAAUUUUUGUUAAAAACUCUGAUUUUGUUUUAAAUAAAAAAGAAAGUGUCGUUAAUAAAGAACCAGUCACUCCUUCAUACCAAAAACGUAUUAACGGCACAUUGCGUGGUUCAAACUUAGUUGAUAUUUAUGGUACUUACCGUCGUGUGCGGGAAGAAGAAAUUUCUCCUAGUAAACAAAGUUUGUUUGAUUUGACGACUAAUCUAUCUAAGAUGCCACCAAUUUAUGACUCACCUAGUUACUUAGAACAAUCUUAUUCUUCUCAAAAUACUAUUCGAGUGGAUGAUGAUCCUCUAAAUAGACUAAAGCGAUUUUCAGGUAAUACUACAUCAUCACGACCAAGACAUAGCUCUGUUGAUAAUUUAAUUGAAUAUGACUCAAGGUAUCAAUCUAAAUCUGUCUCUCCAGUUAGACGAAUAUCUGAAGAUAACAAACCUCAACGCCCAAUAACUUUAAAUGUGACGCCGGAACAUCGUUACAACACAUCGCGAAGUACAAGCGUUCUACCUAACCAAGCUUUUACAAAUUCCAAUACUUCUUCAUCCUCUCAAAGUCCUUCGACUCCAUCGCCUAAACUUUACAGCGGUUUUCAACAAAAUGAAAUUACCGAUAAAAAAGGUUCACGAAACCAAAUAAAUCAAGGUGUUGUUCAACAUUUAAACAACGUGACUAGAUCACGUGUUCAAUCAACUUCACCUUACAAUCAACCGUCAAAUAAUAAACAAUCUGAGUUUAUUGCUUAUCUUUAGCGAGCGAUAUUUGAAUUUUGCUAAUUUUUUUUUAAAUUGUUGACGCAUUUUUAUAUAGUUGGUUUUUAAUUUUUUAUUUUUUAUUUGCUCUUUUAAACAUCUUGAGUUUUUUAUUUAUAUUUUGGGAGUUAAUCGACAUGAUGUUCGUUUAUCUAAAAAACAAUAUAAGAUUUUUAUAUCAUUUUUAUAACGUUUCUCGUCGUUAUCGUUUCAUAUACAAUUUAAUUUAUAUUUUCAGAUAGCUUUAUUUAAAAGAAAAAAACUUGUAUGUUUAAGUUUGUUCAGAGAAAUGUUGUAGGUUGUCACUUCUUGGCAGUGAAAUAUUGUCACUGUUUUUAAUCACUCCAAGAAGCGGAACAAGAAAUAUUUUUGAAAGCCUGUGUUAUAUUCAUACACAGUAUUUAAGACAUAUCAGCCUAGUUCUGAUGAAAAUUUUAUUUAUACGAAAAAAUUCAAAAUUAGAUAGUAAGUUAA